GAAAAUCUGGGCUAAAUAAGUCAUUCCAGUCGUCCAGUAAAUUAGUGGUUGCUUCUUUUCUGAACUCUAGAGGAGCUUUUCUAUAUAUUUUCUGGUAAUUCAACUUUUCUUAAUUUUCAUAAGAAUAACCUCAUUUUCAUUUCAAUAAAAUUAUUUUAAAACAUCACACAAACAGAUCGAUGCGUCAUUCCCAUUCCAAAUUUCAGGACUCUUCUCUUUCGAUUCUCCUCAGUCGGCGGCGAAGAUGGCGUUCAGGCUCUCGAAAUUGUCGGCCGUAGCGGCUAAGCUUGCAAGGCAAAAUGCUUUGCUGCCGCGCCGGUGCCGCAGCACCGCCGCCUCGGCCGCCUUCGAGCAGACGCUAGCCAACACGCCGCCGACGCGCGUCACCGUGCUCGACAGCGGCCUGCGCGUGGCCUCCGAGGACACCGGCGCGCCCACGGCCACCGUCGGACUCUGGGUCGACACCGGCUCCCGCUACGAGACCGAGAGCAACAAUGGCGUCGCUCACUUCCUCGAGCAUAUGGCCUUCAAGGGCACCUCCAAGCGGUCGCAGACCGACCUGGAACUGCAGGUGGAGAACAUGGGCGCCCACCUGAACGCCUACACCUCUCGAGAGCAGACCGUCUUCUACGCCAAGUGCUUCCGCGAGGACAUCGGCCAGGCGGUGGACAUUCUCUCCGACAUCAUCCAAAACUCUCAGUUCGGCGAGCAGGAGAUCGAGCGUGAGCGCGGAGUGAUUCUGCGCGAGAUGCAGGAGGUCGAGAUGAACCUGCAGGAGGUGGUGUUCGACCACCUGCACGCGGUCGCCUUCCAGGGCACCCCGCUCGGACGCACCAUCCUCGGACCCACCAAGAACAUCAAGUCCAUCAGCCGCCAGGACCUGGUCGACUACAUCAAGGACCACUACAAGGGCCCGCGGAUGGUGCUGGCCGGCGCCGGCGGCGUCGACCACCAGGAGCUGGUCAAGCUGGCCGAGAAGUACUUCUCGGGCGUCAGCUACCAGUACGAGCACGGCAAGAUCCCCACCAUCGAGCCCUGCCGCUUCACCGGCUCCGAGGUGCGCGUGCGUGACGACUCGAUGCCGCUGGCGCACGUGGCGAUUGCCGUGGAGGGCUGCGGCUGGACCGACCCGGACAACAUCCCGCUGAUGGUGGCCUCCACACUGGUCGGCUCGUGGGACCGGUCGCAGGGCGGUGGCGCCAACCUGGCCUCGACUCUGGCGCAGAACAGCGCCGUCGACGGCCUCUGCCACUCGUUCCAGUCGUUCAACACGUGCUACAAGGACACCGGCCUGUGGGGCAUCUACUGGGUGGGCGAGCCGCUCCAGCAGGAGGACAUGCUGUACAACAUUCAGCAGGAGUGGAUGAGGCUCUGCACCAACAUCACGGAGUUCGAGGUGGAGCGUGCCAAGAACCUGCUCAAGACCAACAUGCUGCUGCAGCUAGACGGCACGACGCCUGUCUGCGAGGACAUUGGCCGCCAGAUGCUCUGCUACAACCGGCGCAUCCCUGUCAACGAGCUGGAGGCGCGCAUCGAGGCGGUGACGGCCGACUCGAUCAAGAACGCGUGUAUGAAGUACAUCUACGACCGAUGUCCGGCGGUGGCGGCCGUGGGACCCGUGGAAAAUCUGCCCGACUACAACCGCAUCCGCGCCUCCAUGUACUGGCUGCGACUAUAGGCGAGCGCCGACGGCCGCCGCCCACCAAUGUUCAAGUGUUGUAUGUGUUAUAGGUGUGUAAUGUGCGGCGCUAUGAGAUGACAACAGGAAUAGUAUGUUCGACCACGACGGGUGAUAGUGAAAUACACGCACGCCGAGUGCGAGUCCACUGCUCCUCUG